UCUCUCUGGCCCUCAUAGGUGCUGGUAGCUGGUUUGGUGCUCCUCUUAGCUGCCCACCAUGGCCCUGGGACCGCCCAGCACUGCCAGCUUGGCACGCUUCUGCCACAAGCUGAACCGGCUGAAGACACUGGAGGAGUCCACCACGGAGACAUCACUGCGGCACCACCUGACCAUGCUGGACCUGAUCCUGCUGGGCAUGGGUACCACAGGGAGCGUGGGCCUCUAUGUGCUUAUGGGAACUGUGGCCAAGGAGAUGGCCGGCCCUGCGGUGCUCGUGUCUUUUGGAGUGGCUGCUGUAGCCUCCCUGCUGGGAGUCCUAUCCUAUGCAGACUUCGGGGUACGUGUGCCCGGCAGGGGCUCUGCCUACCUGUUCACCUACGUGUCUGUGGGUGAGCUGUGGGCCUUCUUUGCUGGCUGGAACACGAUCCUGGGGUACCUCAUUGGUGGUGCUGCUGUGGCCCGGGUCUGGAGCAGCUACCUGGACGCCAUUUUCAACCACCGCAUCCGAAGCUUCACCAUGGCCCAUGUGGGCACCUGGCAGGCGCCCUUCCUGGCCCAGUACCCAGACUUCUUAGCUGCUGGCAUCGUGCUUUUAAUCUCUGCUUUCAUCUCCUGUGGAGGCCGCAUCUCUUCCUGGCUCAACCGCUUGUUCUCUGCCAUCAACCUGGUCGUCAUCCUCUUCAUCAUCAUCCUGGGGUUUGUCCUGGCCCGCCCGCACAACUGGAGUGCUGAAGAGGGCGGCUUUGCACCCUUUGGCUUCUCAGGCAUCAUGGACGGCGCCGCUAUCUGCUUCAUUGCCUUUCAGGGCUUUGGCGCCAUUGCUGCCUCCAGCGCAGAGGCCCAGAAUGCAAAGCGAGCCGUGCCUAUGGCCAUCGCCAUCUCGCUUGGCCUGGCGGCUGGUAUCAACAUCCUCGCCUCUGCUGCGCUCACACUCAUGGUGCCCUGGCGCAGCCUGGACCCUGACUUGGCGCUCACUGAUGCCUUCAACCAGCGGGGCUACAGUUGGGCGGGCUUCAUCGUGGCAGCUGGUGCUAUCUGCGCCACAAUCACUUUCCUGCUCAGAACCGUGAUUUUCCUGCCACACAUGGUCCAUGCCAUGGCCGCCGAUGGGCUCUUCUUCCAGGUGUUUACAUACAUGCACCCCCGAACACAGGUGCCCAUGGUGGGCAUCCUGGUGUUUGGAGUCAUCGUGGCUUUCCUGGCGCUGCUGCUGGACUUCAAGGCACUGUUACUGUUCAUGUCCAUCAGUGCACUGCUGAACCGCACCAUAGUGGCCACCGGCAUUAUUGUGCUACGCUUCCAAAAGUUCCCUCCAGCCAGUUCCCAGGGCCCAGCCAGCCCUGUGGGCAGUGAGCAGGCCUCAGCCCCUGAGCCCGGUAAGCUGCGACCAGCCCUGAGGCCCUAUCUAGGCUUCCUGGGUGGAUGCAGACCUGGAGCUGCCGUGGCUUGGGCUCUCCGAGUCCUGGUGGCCUCAGCCAUCACUCUGGACUGCGUGAUGGUCUUUGGGGACUCGGCCCUGCACCUCCCGCCCUGGGGCUACACCCUGCUGCUCCUGCUCAGCUCCGUCGUGUUUCUGCUCAGUCUCCUCGUCCUGUGGGCCCACCAGCAACAGCGCUGGGAGGACACCUUUCAGGUUCCCAUGGUGCCCCUGACUCCAGCCCUGAGCAUCCUCCUCAACGUCUUCCUCAUGCUGCAUCUGAGCUAUCUGAACUGGCUGAGCUUCUCCAUCUGUCUGCUGAUUGGACUCAUGGUGUAUUUUGGCUAUGGCAUCUGGCACAGCAAGGAGAACCAGCGGGAGCUGCCAGGGCUGCCUGCUGCACAUGGCAGCCUGGAGGAGACGGUGCAGGCCCUGCAGCCCCUCAGCCAGGCCCUGGCCCAGGAGCCCGGCCACAUGGAGCAGCCUGCCAGUCUAUGAGGACCGCUGAGGGCCUAUCUGCCCUCUCCUACCUGCUCAGCAGACCGAAGGGGCUGGCAGCCUCUUCUAUUUGGGGCAGCUCAAGUUAAAGGCCUGCUCAGGCUGGGGGAUCCUCAGGACCUCAUGAUCUUAGCCUAGGUGCCAAGUGGGCCAUGGUCAGCACUGGUGUGGUGGACUCUGGCCAGUGCCCUCCAGUUUAUGACCAACUCCAGCUACCUGGGCAGGUGGAACAGGGCAGACAGGGAAGAGGGUUGCAGCCCCAGGGAUCCACAAUAAUACCUGCUCGGCCAGCUGUGUGGCCUGCUACCGUGUCCACUGUGGUAUUCUUUGGGGCACUGAGACCUCACCUGCCCCCGGGAACCAGAUGGUCCCCAAUCCACAGCUGAGGUGCCGAGAUCUGUAAGGGGGAGGCACCAGCCCUGGGACAGCCCUGAGUCAGGGACAUGGCCAGGCCAGGGUCCUGGGUUCCUGCCCUCAGGCCAGCACCCUCUGGCUAGCUCAGAGGGGAGCUACACACACCAGGCACAGAGGGGUCUCUGAUAGGGUGGGCCCAGGCUUCCUCCUAGUUUCUCCACAUGUUGCCUUGGGUUCAGAUCCAGAGAGCAGAGCCUGGACCCCAAGGAGGGCACCUAGAAAGGUCAGUGGAGUCUCGGGGCUCCCUCUCUCCCCCAGGGCUCCCAGAGUAGGGCAUGUGCCUGAGGCCUGUCCCGGGAUGUGGAAGCCCACCUGCCCGGGUACACACAUGUGUCAGGCACAGGCCCACACGGCCCCCUCAGGGCGCACACCCACGUGCAGACUGAGGCAACAGCUGUUUCCAAGCUCAGGGCCCACAGCUCCAGCUGCCUCUCUCCUUGCUGCCCCCUCAGGGCUUUGGGAUGAAGGCUCGGGAUGGGACACACACGUGCAGGUGGGUGCACGAGUGCCUGGGCCCCAUCUGGUGGCUAUAGGGCCCCAUCCUUGGGGGUUCCCAAGCCCACCCUGUACCCACUGGUCUCUCCGAAGCCAUGCUACAUCUACCAUAGAAGCCUCCACCUCUCCGUUCCCGCCUGUGAGGACCACACAGGAAGAUGCUGGCUCUGGCAGCUUUACUCCUCGACUCUCUGCUGCCUUGACAUCAGCUUUCUCUGGGCCCCAAAGACAACCUGGCACACAUGAUCUUGGUCCAGUAACCAGGCCUCAAGGCUGUGAACUCUCACCCCAGCCCUUCUGACCCUGCCUCCCAUGGACACUGCUCUGGGGAUUGAGAGGCAGCAGGGACCCCAAGGCUUGGCUGGGGUUCCAGGUUCCAGAUGAUUCCAGAUGCUGCCCAGCCUGAGCCCCAGCUUUGGCCCUCCCCAACCUGGCCUAUAUUGCUCUACCAGCAAGCUACCAGCAUGCCCCUGGUCACCAGGGACCCAUGAGAAGGCAGCCCCUCCUCUCCCUGGGGUGGGUACCCCAAAUCCAUGAACCUGCCCUGAGACUAAGAGAUUGCUUGGCUUCUGCAGCCUCCAUCUCCCCCCGACUGUGGGCCUGGGAGCACAGGGAAAUUCUCCAGCAGGCAGGACUCAGGCCCCAUAGGGCUUGGGCAGGCUCUGGGCCUCCACGCCUGAGGAUUCCCCCACAGUGAGUGGCUGACCUGGGGGCAGGAGAGUCUAGUGGUCUGCUCUGCCCACUCCUGAGCUGACCCUGCCCUCACAGGCCUCAUCUUACUCAUCCAUUGACUCCAUCCACCCCCAGCCUGAGUCCUGGGUCUCAGCCCUGUGUCACUGCUGAGGACACAGGGGACAAGCAAGCUGGGACCUGCCUCUCAGAAGCGCCCUGCCUGCUGAGGGGACGGGGACAGAAGGGUCCCUAAACAGACACCGGCAGUGGGGGUGGAGAGAGGUGGGGGCAGGCCUGGGCUGUGGGGUCCAGAGAGGGGACUCACUCCCCUGGAAACCAGGGGCUUCCUGCCGGGAGACUGUCAGUCUGGUUUUCCAGGCAUCAGGAAGGAGGCAGAGACGUAGGGCGGGGAAAGCACAGAUGGGAGGGGGCAGGGCGUGGGCAGGUCCAGCCCCACAUGGUUGUGAAGGGCUGGGGAGGCCAGUGAAGCCAGGCCAGGCUGGGCCCAGCGAGGUGUCAGGGGUGUCACCUCCAGGUCUGGUGGCCAUGUGCACAUCUGCUUAGGAGACUCAAAGAUACGACAAUACCUGCAACACAAGAUCCUUGAGUGCAUCCUGGAUUAGAAAAUAAAAAUAGGACUAUUACUGGCACGUUUUGGGAAGUUUAAAUAUUAGAUUUAUCUGCCCAUGUUAAAUUUCCUGAGUGUGACAAGAGGGCAGCAAUCAUCUGGGGAAGGUCCUCAUUCCCAGGACAUCAUCAAGAGGGCUGAGUGUCCAGAUAUCUGCCACUUACUUUCCAACUGUUUCCUGUGAAAUCUAAAUACACCCGGCUCCCUCUAAGAAGGAGAGAGAAAGCAGAUGGGGCAAAAUGGUAAAACAAAAACAAAAACAAAAAAACCCCUGGUGAUUCCAGAUGAAGGCCAAAUGGGUUUUCUUGAUACCAAUCUUUGAAGCUUUCUGGAGAUUUUUGUAAUCUUUUGGAUAAAACCUUAAGAGAAAAGUGAAAAAGAAAGCCCCUGUGGGGUGGAGGGAGAUGCUGGAGGAGAGUGGAGUGGAGGAAGGGCUGAGGUGAGGGGUCCAGCUGCAGGAGGGGUGUGAGGACAGGUGGGGUGGAGGCCAAAGGGCUCAGCAGGGAGGCUGGACAGAGCCUGCGCUGGGGGACCUGGAGCUGAGAGCACCCCUCCUGCCCUGGGGCCCCCCUCACACACACAGCAGACCGUCCAGAGGGACGGGCCAGGGUGUGGUCUGUCCCGGACGCCACGGGAGGACAGGUGGGGGAGGACUUGGCUGAGGAGCAGCAGGUGGGCAGUGGGGCUGCACCUGAAGUUGUAGCUCCUCUCCUGCAGCUGGAAGGAGUCAUGGGGCUGGCAGUCAGAGCCCCUGGUGUCCAGGUCACAAACCCAGUGGCGGUGGAUGCCCAUAGCACCGCCGUGCACACAGUGCCUGACGGUUCCACCAGCACACAGGCCUGGGACCCUCUCUCUCCCCAAGUCCUCCCAAAUCCCUUCCCCCAGAGACCCAGCAGCAAUGCCAGGUCCUCAAACACCCCUCCAGCUGUAGCCACAGGUCCCUGAUGUGGAUCACAGGGCAGUAGGGGCUAAAGUGUGGGUCACAGUGGCAGCACUUGAAACAGGUGGUGUCCAAGUCUCCAAGGCAUUGGACCUGAGAGGGGGUGGGGCCAGUUGUCAGGGAAGGAAGGGAACAAGGAGGGUCUGGGGUCAGCCAGGACCCACCAUGCUUACCUAGAGAAGUGGAACUUGCUGUGGGUGGUAGAGUUUUUGAUGAACAGCCUGAAGUUCUCAUCCUGGACCAGCAGGGGCUUCUUGCAGGUGAGGGGAGGUAAGGGGCAGGCUCUGCUGGUCCUGGGACCCUGCUUGGUGUCAGGGACGCUUACAAGGGCACAGUGUCAUUCUCCACAGGGAGCCAGCCCCAGAUCUCACAGGUCCUGUGGGUCUCAUUGAACAUCAGACACUGGCCUGUGUUUAUGCCUUGAAAACACAAGACAAACUCCAGGCCCUCCAAUCUCCACAGCGCCUUGGAAGGGAGUGGCAGGGGGCUGUUGGCAGAAGGAAGAGAGACAGAGGCACCACCAGGCCUGCACACUGGAGCCACCCGGGGUCCCAGUACGGCCCCCUGAAACCCCAUCCAACUGGAGGCACUGGAAGACAGGGCCCUCAGUUACUGUGGCUGUGGGUCCCCCUCUCCCCUUCAGGACAGUCUUCGUCAGCCCAGCAGGUCCCCAGUAAGAUGGAGGGUGCUGAGGUGGUGAGAGAGCAGAGCUGUCCAGGCCCAGGAGGUGUCUC